AUGUUCAGUAGGCCUAUUGAAGUCAGCAUUUCACUUCUGAUGGUAAAACAACUACUCACAGCUCAGGAAGAACCAGGGAUCAGUGUCGCUGCAUAUGUGUUAUCGCGGGAAAAAAGUUUGUUCGAGCAGUUUGGUGUGGUGGCGAGGAUUUUGAUGUUGAGGAGGCCUAUUGAAGUCAGCAUUUCACUUCUGAUGAUAAAACAAGUACUCACAGCUCAGGAACAACAGGAGAACAGUGUCGAGUUAUUGACCAAGGCUGAAGAGGUGUUUUUGAAGAGCAAAAAAAAUCCUGUAAAAGUCAGAUUUUUACAUUUUUGGAUGAGAAGAGUACUCAUAGACUCGCAGAGAGCAGUAGAACAGCGUCGAGAAUACGAGAGAAUACAACGAUUGCUCGACAGUGUGUGUGAAAAAGAGCAGAUUAGUGGUGGUGAGGACAGGUUGGUAGGUAGCGAGCAGACAUGUCGCGUCGUUGUGGUGGAGGUCGGCGUUAUUGAAACCCCGAUCAGUGGCGAGUUCAUGUCCGUCGCGUGGUCGGCGUUACUGAAAUUCCGAUGGUGGUGCCCGGACGAGACUAGGGUGGUGCCCGGAGUGGACGUCUUGGUAUCCUGUCUCCAUUCAUGGUCCGAUAAAUUUUAUAUACGGAGUCCGGGAGUACCGAGAGGUUAUGGGCCCACCCUCGAAGCCUCGACCGACGGAUAUGAAAGAAGGGAUCAAUUUCCUCUCAAGUUCCAGACCAUGACGAGCAAUCGCCGUAAGGAGCUAGUACGAAGGAAGGGAGGGACACCUCGAAGGAGAGGAUCCCGACGUUGUGGGAGAAGAAUAGACAGGGGGUGA